CAUCUGCCUAGAACAUGUAGCCUGGUUAUCGCCAACACCGCUCGAGUGUCCGUGUUUUGGAACAACAUUUAGCUUUACUUAUGACUGACACUGCACACAAGUGUCGGUUGGUGUCAAAUAUGUACGCAAAACCUUAUCACGGGAGCUGUAGUUUGUUCAGGGAGCAGUUAAAAGUUACCGUGUGAAAACAGCCGCAUUACCUAGCCUGCUAGCUAGUCUAGCUAACCAACAGCUAGCCCUGCUGCGCUAGCGACUGUGUAGCCUCCGUAAACAGCACAGUAAUUAGAUGUUCACAGAGCGGCUUCUCGGUGAGAAAUUCCCGUCGUCGUCAUCGUCGUCUGCUUGGUACGUGGCGCCUUGUGAAGGGAUAAAAUACAUCCUGAGAUAAGAACGAGCUUUUUGUUGGACGCUUGUCAGGAUGUGCUGAACGUGACGAGUAAUUUGGGAGCGAUACAAGACCAGACCUGUUUGCAGAGGCAAGCUCAAACGUUUGCCACAGCCGGUGGUGAGAGUCAUGGGGGCGUUCCUAGACAAGCCCAAGACGGAGAAGCACAAUGCACACGGUGAGGGAAAUGGUCUGCGCUACGGCCUGAGCAGCAUGCAAGGAUGGCGUGUGGAAAUGGAGGAUGCACAUACAGCCACUGUGGGUUUACCACAUGGCCUUGACGACUGGUCCUUUUUUGCUGUGUAUGAUGGGCAUGCAGGCUCACGUGUGGCCAACUACUGCUCCAAGCACCUGCUGGAGCACAUCGUGGCAGCUGCGCCGGCCGGCGAGCUAGGCCGCAGUGUGGAGGCGGUGAAGAGCGGCGUGCGUGCAGGCUUCCUGCGCAUCGACGAGCACAUGCGUGGCUUCGCAGACCCGCGCAACGGCCUCGAUCGCAGCGGCUCCACAGCCGUGGCGGUACUGCUUUCACCUGAGCAUAUGUACUUCAUCAAUUGUGGUGACUCGCGUGCGCUGCUUUGUCGUGAUGCACGUGUUCGCUUCUCCACACUCGACCACAAGCCAUGUGACCCACGCGAGAAGGAGCGCAUCCAGAACGCCGGCGGCUCUGUCAUGAUUCAGCGUGUGAAUGGCUCUCUGGCCGUUUCGCGUGCUCUGGGCGACUAUGACUACAAGUGUGUGGAGGGCAAGGGCCCCACCGAGCAGCUGGUUUCCCCUGAGCCUGAGGUAUUUGAGAUUCCCCGUGUGCCAGAUGAGGACGAGUUUGUGGUGCUGGCCUGUGAUGGUAUAUGGGACGUGAUGAGUAAUGAGGAGCUGUGUGCCUUUGUGCGUGCCAGGCUGGAGGUGUCUGAUGACUUGGAAAAAGUGUGCAAUGAGGUGGUGGACACGUGCCUGCACAAGGGAAGUCGAGAUAACAUGAGUGUUGUGUUAGUGUCUUUGCCAAAUGCACCCAAAGUGUCAGAAGAGGCAGUGAAGAGAGAUGCAGAGUUGGAUAAGUUCCUUGAAUCUAGUGUGGAAGAAUUCAUUGAGAAAGCAGGGGAAGAUGGAAUUCCUGAUCUGGUACAUGUCAUGAGAAGCCUUGCCACAGAGAAUAUCCCUAACCUCCCACCAGGGGGAGGCCUUGCCAGCAAGCACAGUGUUAUUGAGGCUGUGUAUAACCGGCUCAACCCCCAAAGAGAAGACGAUGGGAACGGUGCAGACCUGGAGGACCCCUGGUAGCUGCCCACCCUGAGGGCCUACAGCCUUAAAGGAUCCCUCUGUUCACGAGACACCCUUCAUACUUUUGUUCCACUUUUUUAUAAAAUUUCCAUAUUGGUUUGGGUCAUCAUUAAUAAUUUGAAGUACAAUGGUAAAUAGUCUGCCCAAAAGGAUUACAGACUACUUUUUUUUUGUUUUGUUUUUUUUUUUGUUUUUUUUUUUUGCAAAAACAUGAGGGAAAGAGAACUUUAGCUUUAGAAAGUAUACAUCAAACUGUAAAGACAGUUUUUGUGCUUUUUUUUUUUUUUUUUUUCUUCCCCCCCCCUCCCCCCUUUGUGGUUGUCGGUGUUCUUGUUGAAACUUGGCUAUGGAGCAGUGCACGCCCAUAAGCGUUGUGGUGCCUUUUUCUAAGCGGCUUCGGAUAGGGGACUUGGGCUAGUGGCUGUUUCAUAGCUUUCACCCCCUUCCCCCCCUCCGAGCACAAUAGAGCAGCCAGGCAACUUGAGACCACUGCUACCCUCUAAACCUGGGGGGUAUGGACCAUCACUGGCUUUAAUCAGGAUUUCCUUGACUGACUAUUGCAUGUGGAACAUGUCUGGAGGACUUGCUACAUUACUACAUAACCUGUGUGGAAAAGUUUGAAGUUUGACAGCUUUUUUGCACCUUUUACACCCCAAUGCCCACCCACAUGUGCUCUGAUAGAUGCUGAAGGAGAGAGACUGCAUCAAUAUUGCUUCAUUCUGUAGUUUAUUACUUGUUUGGUUGUUCUAAGCUUUUAAUCCUGCUGUUUCAGAUAAUAUAGAUUAUAUAGAGUGUGUAUGUAUGUGUGUGUGUGUGUGUGUGUGUAUAUGUGUGUAUAUAU